AUGAGCAACGGCACCGCCCGCUCACAGCUGGUGAUCGAGUUCAACGUAGAGGACCCGUUGCCCGUCCUGCUACGUCUUAUCAAUGCUUUGCACCUACGGUCCAAGACGCGCUUAACGGAAGCGGUGGCAACAAUUGGCCACAGAGACUCGCGGGCCCAACGUGCCCAUAGUCGUCCGGCACUGAUUAAGAUGCCGCGUCUGCGUUUUCGUGCGCUCGCCACUGGAUGUGCUCUGUCUUCUCCCGUCCGUGCGGUGGGCAGCAGGAGCUUCGAGCGCCGGAUGGCUCGUCACCACGUGGUUUCGCCUGUGGCGGCGACACGACUGGCCGUCGCGUUUCAAGGCGACGAAAUCAGGUGUUGCGGGCAGGUGCGACACGUCGAUGACCCCAUCUCGGCGGCGGUUCUCGUAGCCGUUGGGGCCGUCGCGUCCCGUCGCGUCUGUCGAGAGGAUCAGUGA